AUGUCGCCGGCCCACACUGCCGGGCGGGAAGCGGGGACGUGUCGGUGUCGGUGUCGGUGUCGGCGGGCCCCUCGGACACGCUCGGCCCUCUUCCGGGCCACGGCCCCUCACCCCGCGGGCCGGGCCGGGCCACGGCUACCUGGCCUCGGCCUAGCCCGCACCCGGCUUCCGCUGACACCGCGUCUCCUAGCAACCAACGUGGCGGCUGACGGCGGGCGGGCAGGAAACCAGAGGCCCCGAGCCCCCCUUCUCCCUCUUCCUCCCUCCGCCGGCCUCGUGCCCUCGCGCACGCCUGCGCCCACGUCCCCUCAGGCGCUCCCCGUCAGGCUGGAAGGAGACGGGCCCGGCCCCCUUCGCCAGCACUUCCUCUCUCCUGCUCUGUGGACUGGAGCCAGACUAGCAGACCUGGGCCUGGGAGGCGGUGGGGCCUUCACCGCUUUGCUGCUUGGGGCCCAGACGGCCGGGCUGGGCAGGGCAGCCGACUUGGCAAGGAGCGUGUUGGAGCACCACAUCUCCUCCGACCCCCAGGCUGGGAAGACCCUCUUCAAGGAAGCCCUGGCCCUGCUGGCCUGUCACCACACUCGGGAGACAGUGCAGGUCUUCCUCGAGUACUCAAUGCCUCUGAAGAGGCAGGUCCUUGAGGUUUGGAAAUCUGUCGGGGCGGAUGCUUCCAUCGCCUCCUGCAUGAUGCGGGAACUGCUCCGUAGAGUGUUGGUACGACCUCUACCUGAGGAGAGCAACGGGACAGAGUGGGAGAGGCACAGCCGAGGCUCCAUCGGGGCUGUGAACACGCUAUAUGAGCUUCUCUUUGCUGUGGAGUACUCGGAGGCUGUGGCUCAACUCCUCCCCCAGCUCUUCCUGGCCUUCAUCAUCCAGAUCCAGUAUGUGCUGGAGCUGGGCCUGGUGGGGGAACGAGUGCUCUUGGCCGUGGAGCCCACCAUCCCCUCUGCCCUCAGUCCCUGGAGGACGGCCCUGGAGGCCCUGAGGGGGCUUCUGUACACCAGAGGAUAUUGGCAGAGCUUCAUAGCCAUGGAGUUGCAGGAUGGCUGGCACCUCUUCUCAUCCCUCAACAACUUCCAGGAGGCCGUGGCCCUUCUGGCCAGGACCCUGGUCCAGAGCAGGUGCAGGAUGGUGGCCGACCUCCUGCCAAUCGUGGCCAGCUCUUUGCAGGAGAAAGACCCGCAGGGCCGAAGUGUGGCCAUGGGGCUGCUGGCCGAGUUGAUCUGGACCCCCGGCCUGAAGACUGUCCUGGAUCCCAAGGUCGUGCGGUUAAUCUUCCGGGACGGCCUAAAGGACCCCGAUCCCGUGGUGCGAGUCAUCAGCCUGCAGGCCCUCACCAGCCUGCCCCUCAACCACGGCAAGCACCCACUGCUCCUUGCUCAGCUCCCCUUCCUCCUGGAGGGCAUCACCCAGAAGGACCAGGAGGGGCUCCUAGUGGCCAUGGACGCGGCUACUCUCAGCGUCCGCAGCCUGGGCAGUCGGGGACUCGGCCACCUCCUUAAGGAUAUCGUCCUCAUGCUGAACCCGUUCUUUGACGACGAGAGACCCCAGGUGCGGGUGGCAGCCCUGGAGCUGCUGGAAGCCGUGGCCUGCAGCUGUGUGACGGUUCCAAAAUCCCGUCUCCGUCAGAAGCUGAUCUGCUGCCUCCUCCCCAUCCUCUUCCACCUGAAGGACGAGCACCCGACAGUGGCCAAAAAAGCCAGAUAUACAUUCUUCAGGCUGGCCCAGAGUAUCGGCGGGAGGGACUCCAGAGUCCUCGGAUGGAUGUUGAGGUGGGAAGAGAGGGAGAGCAGGGCCUAUGGUACCAUCUGGAGGGCCUUGAUGAAGAGCUUUGGGGACUUCCUUCCCAUUUUCUUGUCCCAAGCUCUGGCCUAUACCAACUGCAUCCAACCAGAUGUGAAAUUUGCGGCCGUUGUCUUCCUCGUACACACCAUCACUCUCUAUCCCGCAAGCCCGCUGCUCUCCUACAAGACGUAUAAAAUCAUUUUCCAGAGCUUUCCCAUCUCCGCAGCCCUGGAAAUUGAAGCUCUGAAAAACGACUCCUCGUCCAAGAUCCGCAGAUUCCUGAACACCUACGAACGGAGAUAG